GGACAGAAAGAGUAACAGAUUCAACAUGAAGAGAAAAAGGCUGGCCAAUUAGGAAAGAAACAGAGGUCAUUACAGGUCUCCCGGUUGUUUUUGAGUGGUUGUGUAUGUGAGACGGCAGCCACAGCAACCUGCAGACCAGAUGGGGACAGAGGUCCGGUUUGGGCCGGCUGGUCCCAGCAGCAGCAGCAGUGGAACUCAAACAGAGCUGAGGUGGUGAAAUAUCAGAAGAGUUCUCCUUUGUGAGGCUGUCGGCGCCGAGGAACAGACAAACCUCAAACAAACCUGCACGGGCAAGGAUUAAGGAGACCUGCAUAAAAUCCAGGGAACAAACAGAGAUUGUGAGAAACAGGGGGGAGCCAGAGUUUAAGCAUCCAGGGCCUGAGGAUCACAGCGCUGGAUAUGCAUUUUGAUGCACUUUGACUCCUCCGGCAUGAGACACGUGGAAGAGCAGGUCUAAAGGGUGGAUCAGGCCUUGUUAUUAGAUCCUGCUCUGGAUUGAGGACAGUUUGCACCGAGUACGGCAGGUGCUGCGGUUCUGUCUGCCCGAUACGUGAGUCGGCGAUCUAAAAAGUACAUGAGGGGGGACUGCGUGGGAUGGAGACGACCAUAUAGAGACAGACAGCCAGGUUCAAGAGGAGGCUGGGGGAGUUUUCUUUAACUGAUCGACUCCAGCGGGGCCAGAGUUGGCAGCGAUGAGUCAGAGGAAGCUGACACGACAGCUGAGGUUGUGGGAGAGUCCUGAGGGUCCACCUCCUGCGCCCUCUCUCACCUCACCCCUGUCACCAGGCGAUCAAUCUCGAGGACACGGGGGCUCUGCUCUGUUUCGGCGUAUGAAACUGAACCGCAGUAUUCAGGAGCACAGUCGCUCAUCUCACUGUAUUUGCAGCUUUGAUUCGGAGAAUGGUCCCUCGCCAGGCCGCAGUCCCAUGGAUUCGCAGGCGAGUCCUGGGUUGGUGCUCCACCCUUCUUUCCCCCAGAGUCAGCGCAGGGAGUCCUUCCUGUACCGUUCAGACUCAGACUACGACACGUCCCCCAAAACCAUGUCACGCAACUCCUCCAUCAACAGUGAGGGGCACGCCGAAGACAUGAUCGUCACCCCUUUUGCUCAGGUGUUGGCCAGCCUACGAACUGUAAGAAGCAACUUCACCAUCCUCGCCAAUGUCACAACACCCACUAACAAGAGGUCACCAGUGACAAGCCAACCCACUGUUCCCCAAGCUACACUCUCUGAGGAGACAUACCAGCAGAUGGCUCGGGAGACCCUGGAGGAGCUGGACUGGUGUCUGGACCAGCUGGAGACCAUUCAGACCCACCGCUCAGUCAGCGAGAUGGCCUCCAACAAGUUCAAGAGGAUGUUGAACAGGGAGCUGUCCCAUUUGUCAGAGAUGAGUCGCUCAGGGAACCAGGUGUCAGAAUACAUCUCCACUACCUUUCUAGAUAAGCAGAAUGAGGUGGAGAUCCCAUCCCCGACUUUGAGGGAGAGGGAGAAGCCCAUGUGUCACAUCAGCGGUGUGAAGAAGCUCACGCACAGUUCCAGCCUUUCCAACUCCACCAUGCCUCGCUUCGGCGUGAAGACUGAACACGAGGACGCGUUAGCCAGGGUAAAUGGAUGGAAAAGCAGCCUACCAGAUGAGCUGAACGACUUGAACAAGUGGGGCCUUAAUAUCUUUCGUGUGGCAGAAUUCUCUAAUAACCGUCCCCUCAGCUGCAUAAUGUUUGCCAUCUUCCAGGAAAGAGAUCUACUGAAGACCUUUCGGAUCCCUGUGGACACAUUUGUCACCUAUGUGAUGACCCUGGAGGACCACUACCAUGCCAAUGUGGCCUACCACAACAGCCUCCACGCUGCAGAUGUCACUCAGUCUACUCAUGUACUGCUAUCCACACCAGCUCUAGAUGCUGUGUUCACUGAUCUAGAGAUUCUAGCUGCGUUAUUUGCCGCUGCCAUCCACGAUGUGGACCAUCCAGGAGUGUCCAACCAAUUUCUCAUAAACACCAACUCAGAGUUGGCCCUGAUGUAUAAUGAUGAGUCUGUGUUGGAGAACCAUCACCUAGCUGUGGGCUUCAAGCUGCUCCAUGAGGAAAACUGUGACAUCUUCCAGAACCUUAGCAAGAGGCAGAGACAGAGCCUGAGGAAACUUGUUAUUGAUAUGGUUUUGGCAACAGAUAUGUCAAAACACAUGAGUUUGCUGGCGGAUCUCAAAACUAUGGUGGAAACCAAGAAAGUGACAAGCUCUGGAGUACUGCUCCUUGACCAUUACACUGAUCGGAUACAGGUGUUGAGGAACAUGGUGCAUUGUGCUGACCUGAGCAAUCCUACGAAACCCCUGGCUGUGUAUCGACAAUGGACGGAGAGAAUCAUGGAGGAGUUCUUCAGGCAGGGAGAUAAAGAGAGGGAGCGAGGGAUGGAGAUCAGUCCCAUGUGCGAUAAACACACUGCAUCUGUGGAAAAGAGCCAGGUGGGCUUUAUUGACUACAUUGUCCACCCACUGUGGGAGACAUGGGGGGACCUGGUGCACCCUGACGCCCAGGACAUCUUGGACACUCUGGAGGACAACAGGGACUGGUACCAGAGCACUAUCCCUCAAAGCCCCUCGCCGCCUCCUGUGGGCCAGGACAAGGAUCUAAACGCCUGCAUAGACAAGUUUCAGUUUGAGCUCACCCUCGAAGACAGCUCUCAGAGAGAUCGGGGAGACGAGGGUGACAAUCCUACACCGAACCAUGUGGCACGGGACUGCAGUCAGGGGGAGGAAGAGGAGGAGGGUAAGAAGGAGGAAGAGGAAGACAUAAUGGCUGAGGAGGAAAAUGAGGACAUAAUAGAAGAGGAAGAUGAGGUGGCAAUGGAGGAGGAGGAGGUGGAGGAGGAGCAGGAGGAGGAGCUGAAAGCUCAGCUGGAGGUGAGAUCUGAAAAGGAGAGACUUUCUGACACAAGUCCUGUAGAGGAAGAGGAAGAUUCUUCUUCACAAGCUGAAGAUACAUGAGUUCUGCUCCUGUAUCUCCCUCCUCACUUGCACACAUUAUCUUGUUCAUCCUUUCAAUGGCCAAACCAAGAACAAAUAAGACUGCAAUGACAAUACAGACCUUUAAAUAUAUUUUUCAAAAAGGGAAUAAAUUAAAAUCGCUUAAAGAGAAGUUAAUUACACAGCAACUGUAGAUUUGGAGUGGUGACGAGUCCUUCGACUGAUUUCACAAUGAACUUUAGACUGAGAGGAAUUUAGAAGAGCAUUAACAAUGGGCAAUUGAAGACAGCGUAGCACUCUGGGACUGGAAUGCACACACAUAAACACACACAAAGUGACACACAAACACAUAAGAAAGGGAGAAACAAGCAGGAGUCAGUCAUGUAGAACACACCAAUGCAAUGUGUGUACAUGCAUGCAUCCAUCAUGCAGUAUAAUUGCAGUCCAUAUGUACCUUCUCCUCACACAUACACACACACACACACACACACACACACACACACACACACACUCACACACACACACACACUUGACUGUAUGUUUGUAUGUGUGCAUUUACAUGAGGGACAUUGAUCAAUGAAUCUCUUUGGAAAAAGCCAUCUCUUAAUGGAGUAUUAACUAGUGUUCAGUCAGUAUUAGUAAUCCAUGUUCGUUAGAAUCUCAACAGAAACUGUUCUCCUCAGAAAAGCUACAGUCCGAGUGACUUUUUUUCCAUUUCUGUCGGAAAGAAAACUAAGAAAAUCCACAGAGUUGGAGGAGCAGAGAGGAAGAACGCGAAGGAAAGGAAGAUGCUGCGAUGAAGGGGCCGCCAGGUCCCAUACCCCUUUUCCCUUUACGAGGAGAGUGCUACUGGUGCAAGAUGGCUCUGUGCCUUUCUGAAACACCAGCUUCCUGAAUGGAGCUGUCGUGAAGCAAUGCAUUGUGGGACAGGAGUGUCUGAAUUUGUUAUCAUUUUUGAUUGUCUCUUGUUGAAGAUCUCUCUUUACUGUUCAUGGUAUUGUGGUGUGUAUCUCACACGUACAGUUUCUGUGGUGAUAUGUUUUAAGCUGUAAGUCUUCCUUUGUUGCUCUUAUAAUAACUCAGAACUCUAGAUGCAGAGCAAUCACUACCACCACCACAACCACCAGUGGACUCUUUCCAGCUUAUGGUUUUUUUCUUAUUAGAAUGAUUUUUUUAAACUUUCUGAGAAUAAGCCAUGUGAUGCUUUGAAGCAUAAGUUUUGCCUAUUUUCUAUUUAACAGUUGCUAAAUAAGUUAUGAGGGGAUACAGAAUUAUUUCAUCAGCAGAACAAAUUUUCACUCGCCAUCUCACACCCACUUGCACUGUGUGUUUAUGUCUCCUCAUACUCAACAGUUCUCACCAAAGUAAAGGACGAGAAACUUCAGUGGGUGAAGUGAUUUGAAGGAACACAGAUGAAUAAGGAAAUCAGGGAGGCAGAAUGUCAGGGGGAAGAAGAGCGACUUGGCCAAAAGGAGGUCUGGCAGUCCCUAAUCAUCCUUGUUAUGUUCGAUGCUUUUUUGCCUUAAUGUCAGAUGCAGGAUACAUACCUGCCAGUAUGUAGAUUUAUAAGAUAUAUAAUAGAUAUCCUAGUAUAUUUAUAUCGCGUCUGUAUGCUUAUUUCUGUGAGUAUCAGUGUGUCUAUACACAAUGUAUCCAGCAUUGCAUUUGGAGGGGGAAACGGAAACAUUGCUGCCAAUUAGUUGUUUUGUUGUUUCUGUGUUUGGACCAACAUAAAGAAUGUGUUGUUUUUUUGUUAAUUUUUUGUUUUUGUUUUUGUUUUGUUUUUUUAAAUCAGGACGGUAAAAUCACUAUCUUAUAGCUGCCUGGAGGCAUGCAGAGAAAUUAGCAAUUGGAGUUAAGAUUUUGCAGGCGAUGAGAAUGAAUAACGAUGUCCUUUGUUUGAAUCUGACCAGAUAUUGAUUUGCUGACACGGUGGAGUUGAUGCGUGUGUGUUUGUUUGCGUGGCUGUUUGUGUGGUUGUGAGUAAGCGAGUGAGUAACAGAAAGAGAGGGCAGGAUGCUAAAGAUGUUGUCAUAUGUGUCGUUCACUCACUGGCAUCACCACAUCUCGUUGAAUGGUGUUUAGGAUCCGAUCAGCACAGCUUAAAUAGGUCACAGUUUGUUUAGAUGUUUGUUUUUCACAGGGUAAAAAAAAUAUAAUAAUAAUAAAAUAAAAGAACAUGAGUGUGGUUCUUUUGAAGGUAAGAGCAAGUUUCUGCAGGUCAGUAACUGAGCUUAUCUGAAGACACCACAGCUCGGUGCAACAGAAGCCUGUGUGUUUGACCUGCUCUGUCAAGGGAUGGAGCAGAGCUGCGGGGCCACCACACAGGCUUUGAUCUGGUGGAAUGGGAAUCCAGGAUUAUUAUUGCAGUUACUUAAAUAAAAGAUUCCCAUAUGCAUCGGCCUUUUACUUUGAAGAUGUUGCUUUGUUUUUGUGGCUUCUUGUUCUCUCAUAAGCUAUAAAAACAUUAAUAUUUAAUUGCCAUACAAACACAAUACUGUAGCAAUUGUUUCUUAUUAAGAAAAUUAUUCAAUUGAUUGAUUGCUGCCAUUCUUUUUAAAUGAUGAAAAGAAAACCAUGGGAAGUGUUUUCUUUGAACAGUUUGUGUACAGUUUAUUUUUAUAUCAUUCUGGUGGAUGGUCUGGAAAAUGAAUCAUGUGUUGAUGAUAUAGCUAUAAGCAUUACCACUCUUGUACAUAAUGUAAUAUUGGAUUGUAAAUUAGAAAUUUAUCCAAGUCAUAAUGAUUGACAAAUAACCACUUGAGGUUGUUAAGUGAACCACUGAAGCACUACAGGCCACAUCCUCACCUUUUCAUUCUCUGAUUAUAUUUUUUUGCUCACUCGUGCUAACGUUCUGUCACCUUUUUUAAUUGUGCACAUUUAUUGUUAAAAUCAAAUAUAUUUGUACCAGCACUUUAUUUCGUCAGGUUUUGAGGCAGACAGUGUGUUUCAGGUAGUGUGCAGUUUGUGCUGGUGGUUUGGUCAUUGGCAGUCAACUUGUUGAUUAUAUCCCACUGGGCCAAAUCACAAAACCUCAUUGUGCAGUAGUCAAUGUUAACCCCUUUCUAGAGGCAUAAUCAAACAAACUAGUCACUCUCUAUUAAAUGUCCAUGUGAGAUUGAACUUAUUUGACUGAUGAAGUCAAAUGUAGGCUGAUGUAGUCACAUAGGAUGUGGCACAUUCAAAGAAAAUACAUGUGUCUUUAUCUAACUUGGCUAUUUCUAGUACUAUCACCAUCUCUGUUUCUUAGUAAUUUUAAUCACUAGCCUGAUAGCCUCAAUGUCCGUCCCAUGGUGGCCUAACUAGCUGGUUCCCAUUGGGGUUGCUGUCAGGUUACUUUGUCACAGACUGACUCCCUCUGAGAAUAAUUCUCUGGGCUUUAAUUCAUGUGUUUGUUCACAAAUAAGAAAGAUUAUUCAAGGGAAAAAACAACAUGAAAUGAUUGUAAUAUUUGUAAAUGAUCUUGCUGUAAUGUGUAAAAUGUGUCCGAGUUAUUUUUUAUUAUAUUAUUUUUAUGAAAGUUUUUCCUCUUGACAGAGCUGAGGUGUCAUUUUGUGAAUAAAUGCAUUUAAUAAGCAAACAUCUAUAUAUAAAACAAUAUUAUAGUAUAUCAGUAUAUUUUUCUUUUAUUUCACUGUUCAGUACUGUAAAGUG